GAUGUGGAAGACCUUCAAGAGGUGGAGAUGCUGGAAUGCGACGGGCUGAAAGUGGACUCGAACAAGGAGUUUGUGACUUCCAAUGAGAGCACCGAGGAGAGCUCCAACUGCGAGAACGGGUCUCCGCAGAAAGGCCGCGGAGGCCUGGGCAAGAGAAGGAAGGCGCCCACCAAGAAAAGUCCCUUGAGUGGGGUCAGCCAGGAGGGAAAGCAGGUCCAGCGCAACGCGGCCAACGCGCGCGAGCGGGCCCGCAUGCGGGUGCUGAGCAAGGCCUUCUCCAGGCUCAAGACCACGCUGCCCUGGGUGCCCCCGGACACCAAGCUGUCCAAGCUGGACACGCUUAGGUUGGCGUCCAGCUACAUCGCCCACUUGAGGCAGAUCCUGGCUAACGACAAGUACGAGAACGGUUACAUUCACCCGGUCAAUCUGACUUGGCCCUUUAUGGUGGCUGGGAAACCAGAGAGUGACCUAAAAGAAGUGGUGACCGCGAGCCGCUUAUGUGGAACCACGGCGUCCUGACCUUGGAGGUGCGAGUCUGGGAAAGGCGCACUCCGGGGGAGCGGGCCCCGGAAGGCGACCCCUGCCCUCCCUGCUCUCUGUCUCUGCUUCCCCCUCGCAGAGCUCCUCUCCCCAUCCCACCCCGGAACACUUUACAACGACGAGGAGAUUCGUUUCCAAACCAGAGGAGGUCGACUGUAUUUACGGAUUCCCAUCUAUUUAACUUUAUUAACUUCUACCGUGAAUGGUUCUGCGAGCCUUGCUGGUCCAAGUGCAAUAUGUAAUUAUAAAUAUAUAAAUAGAUAAUAAGAGCCUAUCAAUGUGU